AUGAAUGUUGAGAAAAUGAGAGAGAAGUUCUCCAGCCCCUGGAUCGCUUUGAACCUUUUACUUUUGAUGGUCUUCCUCGCUUUGGUGACUGUUCAUAUCAAAAUGACUGUUGAGGUGAAACCGGUGAAGUUAGAUGAGCUGUUGUCAAAUGCUGCUGACUCUAGAAAUCUCUGUGAAUCCCCGGAUUGUAUAACUCUCUCCCACGAACUGCUCAACUACCAAGACCCAUCAGUGGAUCCGUGCGUGGACUUUUUUCAGCAUGCGUGUGGAAGAUUCCAUGAACAGUCUUCAGUUGAGUCAAGAACUCAGAAAAAGCGGUAUAUUCUUCAAAAACAGAUUCGAGAGUUUCUACACAACAACAAGACUUCAACUUCAAAAUCCGAAAAUUUGAUGAAACUGGUAUUCGAUAAAUGUGAAGCGUUACAAAAGAGCCAAAAUACAGGUUAUCUUCAAGAAGUCCAUGAAGUAUUUAAUGAUAUCAAAAAAAUCGGUGCGUGGCCACUAUUGGAUAAGAAUUGGGAUGAAUCUAAAUUUGACUUGAAUGAAAUGCUGACAAAUCUAGUCAAACUGGGAGCAACCAACUUUGGACUAUUUCAAUUCAAUUUCUUGGGCUUAAUUAUGGGCAAUUUUGUGGAAAUUGCUCCAACUGAAAAGUCAGAUGUUGAAGAGAUUCAAGUGAAUUAGAUGGUGUUGGAUAUUCUCAAAGGAAAUGGAAUUGAACCGGAUAGAGAAGAGAUAUCGAGGGAGUUGGAGGAAUACUCUAUGCUUGAAAAAAAGUUAAAAAUUGUAAAGGAGAAUGAAACAAUAUCUUUAAACUUGAUAUUGCCGGAUGUCAGAAGCGUAAACUUUUCGGGUCUUAUAGCGGAGAUGAGUCACCCAAGCAGGGUUAGCAAGCUUUCUGGAAUGAUAACACCAAAGAUUAUCACAAAUAAACAUCCAUUGUUAUUCGAGACUAAUGGAACAGAAAGUCUUGAUGCAAUUAUUGAAUCUACAUCAAAUAGAACAUUGGCUAACUAUCUGAUUUUUAAUUAUAUCCAGUCAUCCCGCGAUAUUUUGACAGAAACUUAUGAAAAUUGUGAACAGGUUGUAAUGGAAGAACUUCCACGUGCAUCACUCCGAGUUUUCAUGCGAAACUUCGUUGACAAGGGUAACCGAGAUGGAGUAAAGAAGCUGACGGAGGAAUUGAAAAAGAAAUGCUCUGGAAAUGAUUCGAGAUACGGAAACUUUUACACCAUCAGUCAAAGAAAGAGUCUUGAAGAAAGUUGAAGCAAUCAAAGUUAUCAUUGGCUAUCCUGAUCAUUUUGAUCCUCCUGGAACAUUGGACAAAGAGUUUGAACACAUUGAUUUGGACUCCACCGACUCCUUCUAUAGAAUAUCUCAAAAACUUCAUCGACUCCGUACUGAACAACAAAUGGAGUUCAUCGCUGGAGAGACCCCCAUCAGCCCUGUCGAAAAUGUUCUAGAAGUGAGUGCUCAUUACGAUCCUUCGAAAAACGCUCUAACCUUUCUUGCUCCAUUCCUCGACGAUCCAUUUUUCGAUACCACGUAUCCCGACUAUGCGAAUCUUUUCUUAUCUGGCAGGAUUAUUGCGCAUGAAAUAGGGCAUUCCGUUGAUGGGACUUCACUUUGAUGAAAAUGGGAAACUUGUGGAUUGGAUUAGACGCGAAAAUAUAGAGUAUAAGAUACAGGCUGAAUGUCUGAUAGAUCAAUAUGAUAACUACGCUGAUCCGGUCUACGGCAAAAAGAUGAAUGGAACACAUACAUUCGGAGAGAUGAUUGCUGAUUGGGUUGGACAUGAAGUAACCUGGCGGGCCUAUAAGAAGAUGGAUACUUCAAAAAUGCAUUCACUUAUUGGCCUCAAGGAUAUCAAUAUGGAUCAGCUUUAUUUCAGAGUUCAGUCACUGCUAUGGUGCAGUUCUCGUAGUAUGUUGAGCCUGGAAGAAGCCCUCGAAGAUGUACAUCCAACAAAACCUUUCCGUGUCAAUGGAGCAUAUGCCAAUAUGCCAGAGUUUGCGAAAGCAUUCAGUUGUCCCGUUGGAUCACCUAUGAAUCCGGAUAAGAAGUGCAAAAUGUUCUGA